AUGCCCGGCGCGCAAUCAAUUAACCUCAUCGCUGCGACGGACACGGUGACAAAGAGGAAGCCUUCCCUUCCCCACUUGUCGUCCCGUCGUUGGCCGCGGCCGGCCGUGCGUGACAAACGGAGUGAUCACUUCUCGUCUCUUGAUCCGCCAUCGGUCGUCAUGGACAGGUCUCGGCAGGGCGGCCCCGGCACACUUGAGACGAUGACGCCUGUGAGCCGUGCGGGCGCGCGCGCGUGGCCGGGCGCAGGGGAAUCGGGAUGGGCGACUCCGUGUUUCAGGCCUCAGCGGACUGCGCUACCUGCCACGGCCGCUUUUCUUCUCUCGCCUGCUGCUCUGUGUACUGUGUAUACUGUGGCUGCCGAUCUUGACGCUUGCUGUGUCGGCGCCGUGGAUAAAAGCGACGGGUGUGGAUAA